UUCAGAGUUAUUGAUAGUUUGUACAUUUCGCAAGUGUUAGGACUAUAUUGUUAAAAGGCUAAACCAUACGUCAUUUCGGAUUAUCAUAUCUCUUGAAUUAUUCAGCCUCGAUCCAGGGACCGUCAGCAGGGCCAGGUUGUAGGAGGGAUCACCCGCAAUACGUUUGAGGAAAGUCUGUUAGAUAUAAUCCCGAUCCGAGUCCGUUUGCCUUUCGUUUAUUGGCUCAUGAAGCUUAUUUUACGAAGAAUGUACGAGUGCUAGUUAACACAGUUUUAACAGUGGUCAUUUCGCUCGUACGUACCCAGAGUUUUAGCUGCUGGAACAGGUUGCGUCCCGGUGGUGCAGCAUAAGCGAAAUAUCCAGUCCUCAAUUUCUGUAUCUUCUACUUUUAAAUUAAGUAUUAUGGAUAUUUGUAUAUAUUGGAUAUUUGUUUUCCUUGCAUUCCUGGAUGUAUUUACCAAGAACGCUAAAGCAAAAAUUGAAGAAACAGAAGACUGUCCAAGAAGUAAAAUCAUUUCGACGUUUUAUCCAUGCCAUCGAUCCGACGGGAGAACAGACAGAUGCGUAAGGAAGCGGUGUUGCGCUGGAUAUCAAUACGUAAAUGGACAUUGUGUUCCAGAAGAGUUGGACGUCUGUGCCGACACACCUUGUGAACAGCAAUGUACCAAUAACUUUGGACGCGUAUUAUGUACAUGCUACUCAGGAUUCCUAUUCGACAAAACUAAAUAUCGAGCCGGUCUAUCACCGUAUUGCGUCG